CCCAUACACUGACUGAUAUUUACAGGAGCCGACUGUCAAAUGUUAAGGGAAAAUUCUGGUGACGGGUUUCUCCACGAUUACGGUACAGGAAACAUUCGCAUAGAUCGUCGUCGUCGUCGGGACAAAUCGGGAUCGUUUUUUAGUCAAAUUAGCUGUUAAAUAACGCAAUAAAUUAGAUGAAUCUUUUCAUAAAAGAUUGUUAAUUCAAUCGACGAGUGAAACCUGUGCUGGUGAAUACGGGUUGUCGAGUAGAGAUAAACAGAUUUGUUCCAUCAUAAAUCCAACACAAAGAUGAAAUCGUUCGGGGUGCGGGGUAUCGUUCUGCUUCACGUAGCACUGAUUGUGCUGAUCCAGCAAGUCUCGGCGGGUAGGGAUUUCUAUAAAAUUCUUGGCAUCCGGAAGUCGGCAGGCAAGAACGAGAUCAAGAAAGCGUACAGAAAACUCGCCAAAGAGCUUCACCCCGAUAAGAACCAGGACGAUCCCGAAGCGUCACAGAAAUUCCAAGAUCUCGGAGCCGCCUACGAGGUGCUGUCCGACGAUGACAAACGCAAGCUAUACGAUCGUUGCGGUGAGGAGUGCGUUAAGAAGGAAGGUAUGAUGGACAACACCGAUCCGUUUGCGCACUUCUUCGGUGAUUUCGGUUUCGGAUUCGGCGGAGGUCAAGAACAGAGGGAGACGCCGCGCGGAGCCAACAUCGUUAUGGAUUUGUUCGUGACGUUGGAGGAACUGUACAACGGCAAUUUUGUGGAAAUAACCCGCAACAAGCCGGUCAUGAAGCCGGCACAAGGCACUCGGAAAUGCAACUGCCGACAGGAGAUGGUCACACGGAAUCUGGGACCCGGUCGGUUCCAGAUGAUGCAGCAAACCGUGUGCGAUGAGUGCCCGAACGUGAAACUGGUCAACGAAGAGCGCACCAUCGAGAUCGAGAUCGAGCAGGGUAUGGAAGAUGGACAGGAAACUCGGUUCUCGGGCGAGGGUGAACCUCAUAUUGAUGGUGAUCCAGGAGAUUUGAUUCUGAAAAUCAGGACGGUUCCUCAUCAGAGGUUUGAACGACGAGGUGAUGAUCUCUACACUAACGUUACGAUCAGUUUACAGGACGCUCUGGUAGGAUUUACCAUGGAAAUCGAUCAUUUGGAUGGUCACAAAGUGACUAUCGAACGGGAGAAAGUCACUUGGCCAGGGGCUAGAAUUCGUAAGAAUGGUGAAGGUAUGCCAAACUAUGAGAACAAUAAUCUGCGGGGAACUAUGUACAUUACGUUCGACGUUGACUUCCCCAAGACUCUACUCAGUGAUACUGAGAAAGAAGAUAUCAAAAAUCUCCUGAAUCAACCUUCGGUCAACAGGGUGUACAACGGACUUCGAUUUUCGUAACUCCACGCGCAUAAGUCGAAAUCGACAAGACUUCUUAAGCAUUAGAAUAAAUUGACAUUAAAUGCAACAAAUUGAUCGUCCUAGUAAAAAUACCCUAAACUUUAAAAUGUAAUUUAUUGAAUCAAAUCUGAAUAGCAUUUUGAUGGGAACAUGAAAAUGUUACGUUGAAUGUAUUGCAGACUACACAGUCUUUAACAAUAGUAGCGUUCGGCAAGAGCUGUUACGAAUGCUAAAAGUCAACUCUACUUGAAGUAGCUUGUUUCGUUCAUUUUUGUGGACCGGAUUUUGAGUUUUGUGAAUUCCAUUUAUUCAUGAGUUAUAUGCUUAUUUGUGAUGUACGAGAGUUUUUGUGUAAAUAUGUGCUGAAGAGUAAAUGAAUUGAUAAUCGGAAAUACAAAGUGAACAAAUUUGAA